AACCCCAAAAAGAAUCGUCUACGUUUUCUCACUCACAAUUAAUCGUUUUCUCUCUCACGCAGCUGGAGUACACCAUUCUCUUAUGGAAAAUCUUUCAAAGGUUUCUCACGCAUAAUGUUCAUAAUAUGUUUUCUCACGCAUAAUGGUCAAAGUGUAUUUCAUUCGGAUCGGAUCGGAUCCGAAAAACUAUGGCUGAGCGAACUGAGAGCGCGGAGGCGAAAUCGGAGUCUUUGAUCGAGAAGAUUACAGAGAAGAUCCAUGGUCAUGGCGACUCUUCAUCCUCCUCAUCCGACUCUGCAUCGGAGCAAGUGAAACCGGAAUCUCCGUCUUCUGUUAAGACCAAGAUUUUCAGGCUUUUUGGGCGAGAAAGACCAGUUCACCAGGUUUUCGGUGGAGGAAAACGUUGCAUGCUCAGGCUCUCACCUUAACUGCGUUAGCUGGUGCAGCAGUGGUGGAAUACUAUGACCACAGAACAGGCAAAAAGGCUGAUCAGUAUGCUAAGUUCCUCCCAAACUCCUACCCUCACAAGGAUUGACUGUGAUAUUCCAUGAACAAUUGUCAUAUGGGAGUAUAGAAAAAGAGAAAAGAAGUUAUAAUAAUAAUAUUAAAUAAAUAAAUGAAAAAAAAAAAAGCAAUUUUUUUCUGAAAGUA